GAGAGAGAGAGGGAGAGCGAACGAACGAACAUAGGGGCUGUAUUUUGUGUCGCAAUGUCUCCACGGCCAGAAUCGCAGAAGGAAAUACAAAUGAAAAAUGAAUGAACACGACGCCAACGAAUUGACUGCAACAAACGACAAACUUAAAGGCUGCAACAACUAACUGAUAAGAUGGAAAGCAACAGCAAAACAUCUAUCCAUCAUGUAUUCUUUGACCAAUAAUUAAAAAGCUCAGGUGCAAAGAGAAGAAAUGAGAAGAAACGGGGGAGCAUAUUAUUUCAACAAACAGCCAUAGCAGUUUCACUGUAGGGCAGAUUGUCAGUAUGGUGCCUCUACUCCAACUCUUUCUUCUACUGCCUCUAAUUCAUCCAUUCAUAAGUCAUGUGCAUGGAAACUUUCUUUCUCCUCUGACUACUCAUUCAAAUCACAGCCUGUUUUCCUAUUGUUUAAAAAAACAGACUCAUGUGCUUGUCAAAAAAACUGAUCAUAAACUGACUGCCAAUGCUGCAUUAGUUGUCAGACCAUUUCUUCGUGGCUUCCAUGGGAAAAGUUUAAUUAAAUCAAUUGGAGAUUUAAAUGAGUGGACUGAAAGCAGAAAUACUGAGGAUGUAUUUUCAGCAAAAACGUCACAUACUGAGACUGGGUCAAGAGGUAAAUUUUUAGUAUCACACAAAGACAGAGUCAAAAGAGGUUCUACUCAAAAUGUCAUGCUACCACAAGAUGCAGCUGGAAAAGAAAAAGAAACUGUUAAUGAGACAGACACGAUGACAGAUGACCCAGUUGCUGAAUUUAAAGAGAAAGACUUGUCAUCAGUUGGGUCAGGUGAUGAAGAAAAUGGCUUUGUUAGGUCAUCAACAGAGGCUAUAGCAUCUCUUGGCGAAGAGCAUGCCCAGAACAGACCACAAGUUCAGACUGAUCGUAGUGUGCUGGCUAGUUUGGCCACAGUACAUACAAUUCCAACAAUCAACCCUUCACAGCAGACCAGCCCUUCUGCAACUGCACCACCUAAUGAAAAGCUUCUAUCCACUUCCAAUGGGAUAAGACAAUUGCACGGCAACAGGACUCGAUUGGAAAUAGGUAGUUUGGGGACAACCACUCCAGCUAAAAUUCAGCCAAAAAGACAGUUUACCACUUUACGAUCAUAUAUUGAAACCACCUCUCUUAAUACAAGCAAAACCAGUCUACAACUAGAGGCACCGUCACUGGGAGUGGACAUUGUUAGUUCCAACCAUUCACAGCCAAAAAGCACUUCACAGUCAACAAGAUCAGCAAAACUACCCAAUGACCCAUUAAUGGAACCAGGAACUAAAAGAACAGUGACCGAUAUAAAGAACACUAAAGGUAUAUCACCUUUUCUAAGGACAACCUCUCCUCACCUGAUUGGACAUGGCCAUUUUGUAUUCUCUGAAAAUGAUAGAAGAGUUAUAGAGACGGACCAGUCAGUCACACAGGGAAUAGUUCCAUCUUUGAAGUCAAAUUCUGCCUCUCCAACCCAUGCCCAACCUAAGGACCCCUGUGGUACUGGUGUGGGCCCCUGUGUUUUUUCCAAAGAUCAAAACAAUGCUGACAAAUAUGGUGCAACAAAUGGCAGCUUUUUAGUGUGGGCAGACUUAAAACGCACACUGUCAUUUGCAUGGGAGCUGCAUGUAUUUGGUUCUGCUGCCCUCUUCCUUCUGCUUACCGUUGGCUCAGUCCUUGGCUUAGCAUUAGCUCCCAGCUUGAACUGCCCUCACUGUGGUGAACUGAUGCUCACCAAUAGCUUCUUGCUAGUUGUGGGUGUGGUUAGAGCAGGCCACUUUUUGCUCGAUCCAUAUGGGACACGGUUCCUUCUGCCACCUCCUGUAAUAAUAGCUUUGUACACGCUGCCGUUACCACUGUUAAUUUUGGCACAGGCUGCAUUAGUGAUUUUGGUACUAAAAAAGGCAGGAGUAACUUGGCUACCACCAACACUUCAGAACCCCCCUCUGUUAGGAGUAUUAGCUGUUUUACAAUGCACUCUCCUACUUGCUGCAGACUUGCUUUCCCCUGCACUUUCGCCUGCUGUUCCCAUCGUCCUACAGAGCCUCACACUGACUGCAGGCCUGACACUGUGUUUAGGCUACCUUUUCUUGGCACUGCCACGCCUCUCUCACACACAUGCAGCUCGGGGAAGAAAUAAGGGAAUAGGUGAAGAAAAAGUGCGUGUUUUAGCAUGGGUACUGGCAGUGUGCGCUCUUCUCGGGGCAUUGUGCUGUCUGUUGCACAUUUAUGCCUGCAUGUGGCUAUAUGGACUACUAGGAGACUGGAGACUCUUUCGUUGGGCAUGGUGGCUCUGUCAGUUCUGGGGACAACUGUUGGAGCUUGUCUGGGCUUUCUGCCUGCUUCUGGUGUCUUCCUGGGUCUUCUGGAAACCCAAUGAAGGCCACAUAUGUGGAGCACCAAGACAGGAAGGAGCUGCCACAGAAAGCUUGCCCUCACCCUCUCAAUCAUCAGACUCUACCAGCAGACAUACAUGCUGGGCAAAGAUUGUGCAGAGCCUCAAGGUAAGGCAACAAAGGAAAUUGGAAAGUAAUGGGAUUGGAGGGUCCAGCAAUAGUGCAGUGGCGGGAGAGUUGCCCAAUAACUGGGCAGGACAAGAGCGAUCAGGGGUGGACAUUAGCAAGAGCCUCAUACGAAAUCAUGACCCACUCAAAGACACCAAUCAUGGGCGCAAUCUGAAAAGCUUUGCAGGCGGCUCUGCAGGUUCAUUGCUAAGGCUGCAGCCACUUGCACAUCCACCUCAGUGCUCUUCAACUAGCAGUCUGGACAGGGACAAGGAGUCAGCCAUCUCACUCUGUGAUUUUGACCUGCGCCCUCCAACCCCAAUUGACCUUGGCCGCAGUAUUGAUGAGGCACUUCAUCGUGAGCAUCUGUUAAGGGGCGAAAGUUUGUUCCAGCCACUGCGACCACUAUCACCUCCUCUCUCUCAAAACCUUUGGAUGCGACGGAAUAGUGAACCCCAAAUCACACUGUCAUUGAGCAGUGAUGAACACACGUUGCUCACAGAGUCCUCCACAGGUCUGGAUCGCUCCAUUCCUAGUGCUGUGCCCAGCCGACAGGUCACAGCUCCCCCUACACCCACUCAUCAGGGCUUCCGUUGGGUCUCUGAGGCACCAGUGCCUUCCUCUUUGUCCUGCCCGGUCUCACUGCACCCUUCCCCAAGCACAAGCCAUGCCCUCAUGCCUAGCGCAGAAAACACAAGGCUGUUUCUAACCCCUGACCUUGAAAGUUCGCAAUCAAAUAGUAGAGGUGGGAAUAGUUACUUGAAAGUCAAACGAAAUGAUGACUCAGCCAGUGUUGGCAGCGACAUUAUUGACCUUUGAACAUGAUGUGGCAAAAUGCAUUCACAUUUUCCAAAAAUCAGAGAUUACACAUUUAAUUAUGACUUGCUCAGAUGGACUGAGUCUAAUUGUAGUAUAAUGGUACUAAGUAUAUACUAGAAUAAAGAAGUGCAAUCAACACUGAAAAUAUUUACUUCUGUUUUUUUUUGUUUUUUUUUUGUUUUUCAAAAGUUUUGUUUACUGCUGUGCACAUACAACAUAAGUCUAUGAGGCAAGGCAUUCCAGAAGUGUGUAUUUUGUUUUUACCAUUAUUAAUGUUUUUGUAUAAAAUGUUUGUUAUUUGAUCUGGAAAGUUGUCUAAAUUGUCUUUUUUUCAGUGGUAGGACCACUAUUAUAGGCAAAUUAACUUCUAGUUAUGUGUUAUUUGUGUAAUUUCUGUUGGUGGGGUGACUCCAUGUACAGUACUUCACAAAGAGUUACUAGUCUCCUGUCGUUACUUGUAAUAUUUAAGUUUUGUGGCUGUGCUUAUGCAGUGUAUUUUAAUAUUUAUGCUGAUGCAGUGCCAUGUCCCAUAGACCAACCUAAGUUCUACCUUAGCAAGCAUUGUGAAGACCUGUGUCUGGAUAGUGUCUUUUUUCUUCUUUGCACUGCAUUUGAACAGAAUUUAUACUGUAUGUGCCAGAACAUGUUGACUUUCUUUCCCAUGCUUUGUACUUCCAGUUUAUUCCUGCAAUACAGCAUACCAGAAACAUACCAAGCAUUCCCACAACUGGAGUUAUGUUUAGUAAAAUCAUUUUUAUAUAACUGAUUUGGCAACUGACCGAAUAGCAGACUAAAAUUUUGUUUGUUGGUGCAUUCAGCAGUUUGGUCAAAUGUCUGAGCAAUAAAUGAUAGAAAGCUGUGAGUACAACUAAAACAGAUUAUGUAUAUUCUAUAUUUUUGUUUGUAAAUAAUGGUGUAUUCUGGUUACAUGCAAUGCAUUUACUGUGAAUGACAGUCUUUCCUACUGCAAGAAUAUUAACUGAUUAUAAAAAAUACAAUGUUGUCAGUUAAUGACAGAUGCAUAGACAGAUGCGUAUUAACAUUUGCAUAGCUUUCCUUCUUUAAAAUUUCUCAGUGUCAUAGUAAAACCAACACAGUUUGUUACAAUACAUCUUAACCAGGCACUAUACAGUGCCCUCCACAAAUAUUGGCACCCUUAGUAAAUAUGAGCAAAGGCGGCUGUGAAAAUAAAUCUGCAUUGUUUAUCCUUUUGAUCUUUCAUUCAAAAAAUUCACAAAAUUCUAACCUUUCAUUUAAGUAAAACAAUUGGAAAUGGGGGAAAAAGCUCAUUAUGAAAUAAAUAAAUUCUCUAGUUCACGUUGGCCACAAUUAUUGGCACCCAAUUAUUGCAUUGCAACAUCCUUUCCCCAAGAUAACAGCUCUGAGUCUUCUUCUAUAAUGCCUGAUGAGUUUGGAGAACACCUGACAAGAGAUCAAAGACCAUUCCUUCAUACAGAAUCUCUCCAGAUCCUUCAGAUUCCCAGCUCCAUGUUGGUGCUUCUUCUCUUCAGUUCACCCCACUCAUUUUUUAUAGGGUUCAGGUCAGGGAACUGGGACGGCCAUGGCAGAAGCUUCAUUUUGUGCUCAGUGACACAUUUUUGUGUUGAUUUUGAUGUUUGUUUUGGAUCAUUGUCCUGAUGGAAGAUCCAACCACGGCCCAUUAUAAGGUUUCUAGCAGAAGCGGUCAGGUUUUGAUUUUUAUCUGUUAGUAUUUGAUAGAAUCCAUGAUGCCAUGUAUCUGAACAAGAUGUCCAGGACCUCCAGCAAAACAAAUAGGCCCACAGCAUUAAAGAUCCAGCACCAUAUUUAACAGUGGGCAUUGGGAUACUUUUUUUUCCCUGUUUGCACCAAACCCAUCUGGUGGAUUUGCUGGCAAAAAGCUCUUUUUUUAGUUUCAUCUGACCAUAGAACCAGGUCCCUUUUGAAGUUCCAGUCGUGUCUGACAACUGAAUAUGCUGGAGUUUGUUUUUGGAUGAGCGAGGAGGAUUCUUCUUGAAACUGUUUGGUAAUUUAUUUUUUUACGCUUUCUGACCCCACGACUCAGCAGAUUUCUGCAAUUCUCCAGCUGUGAUCCUUGGAGAGUCUUUGGCCACUCAAACUCUCCUCCUUACUGUGCAUCUUUAGUUGAUUGGAACUUCUUAAUUAUUGCCCUGAUGGUGGAAAUGGGGAUUUUCAAUGCGUUGGCUUUUUUUCUUAUAGCCAUUUUCUAUUUUGUGAAGCUCAACCAUCUUUUGCUGCACAUCAGAACUAUAUUCUUUUGUUUUUCUCCUUGUGAUGAAUGAUUAAGGGAAUUUGGCCUUUGUGCUGGACAAUUUCAUGCUCCUAGUCACCCUGGUGUGCUAAAAAAAUUAAAUAUGAAUGGCAAUGUACUUCAGAGAUAUUUUACUCAUAAGAAUUUCUAGGGGUGCCAAUAAUUGUGGCCAAUAUGUAUUGGAGAAAAACAUUUAUUUCAUAAUGUGAGUUUCCCCCCCAAUUUCAUUUGUUUUACUUCAAUGAAAGAUUAGAAUUUUGUGAAUUUUUUGAAUGAAAGAUCAAAAGGAUAAACAAUGCAGAUUUAUUUUCACAGCCGCCUUUGCUCAUAUUUACUAAGCGUGCCAAUAUUUGUGGAGGGCACUGUAUGUGCUUGUAUGCUGUGAUAUAUAUAUUUUAAUUAAAUUAUUAUCUUUCUUUUCAACUGUUUGCAUGGUACAACUGACACCUGUUGUAAUUUUAUUGAUUAUAACAGCAGUAACUCAUCAAAUGAUGCUCAAAUAAGAGCAUUUUAACCAGGCACAACCCCACACAUGGUAUACUGUCAGGCACACUUUCAGCAUUUUAAAGAGAUGAUUUAUGAUGGUGGAGUAAGGCUGUGCAGUCCCAGCAAAUUAUGACAGAUUAUGGUAGUCCCCCGUAUCUAUAUUUAUGUAUCUAUGUAUUUUUGUGGUCAAGUUUGCUUUUGAAUAAAACAGAAAGUGUUAUCACCAA